AUGAUCCGAGCUACAGCAAGAACAGCAACAAGACGGACUCCGGCGCUCGGGAGACAACUCGCAACGCAGACAAAUACGUUUAAGCAAAAACUUGACGCUGGACCCGGCUUGGACGACUUUAUUCGCGAUGGUCCAAACGUUGAAACCGUCACCUUGGGCAAUACGAGCCAACCGCGACUUCCUUCGUUUUUGAAAACGAAGAUUCCAACAGGAGCGUCAUUUAGCAAGAUUAAGCAGGAUCUACGCGGCCUCAAACUGCACACGGUGUGCGAGGAAGCGCGAUGUCCAAACAUUGGAGACUGUUGGGGAGGCUCCGACAAGUCUAAAGCGACAGCAACGAUCAUGCUUAUGGGCGAUACAUGCACCAGAGGCUGUCGGUUCUGUUCCGUCAAAACUUCCAAAACGCCCCCACCGCUGGACAUUCACGAACCAGAGCACACAGCAGAGGCUGUAAGCAGAUGGGGAUUGGGCUAUAUUGUGCUAACCAGUGUGGAUCGAGACGAUCUUCCCGAUGGAGGCGCAGAGCACUUUGCAAGCACGAUACGGAAGAUCAAGUACAAGGCACCCAAUAUCCUGGUUGAAGCGUUGACUGGCGACUUUGCGGGAAAUUUAGACCAUGUCGCACUGGUAGCGCGUUCUGGAUUGGAUGUGUAUGCCCACAACGUCGAGACGGUCGAAGAACUUACACCAUUUGUGCGCGACCGGCGGGCCACCUUCCGACAGAGCCUGAGCGUACUAGCCAAGGCUAAAGCAGAAGGGGUACGCGUCACAAAGACAAGCAUGAUGCUUGGUGUUGGCGAAAAUGAAGCACAGGUGAUGGACGCUCUCAAAGCUUUGCGAGAGGCGGACGUCGAUGUCGUGACGUUUGGUCAAUAUAUGCGCCCAACAAAGCGACACAUGAAGGUUCAUCGAUACGUGGAGCCCGAGGAGUUUGAGCGGUGGAAAAAGAUUGCCGAAGACAUGGGCUUCCUAUAUGUAGCCAGCGGACCAUUGGUGCGCAGCAGUUACAAGGCGGGAGAAUUCUUCAUCGAGAACGUUCUCAGAGGCAAGGCCGCAAAGACACCCAAAACUCCUUCCCCGUCUGACGUCUUGGAAGCGUCGAGUCGGGUAUAA